AUACACCUGCCCACACUCAAUCCCCCCUUUCUCUCCGGAACAAAAACCGUUUACAAUGAGCAAACCUUAGACUCAUCACGGCUGCCACCACCACCGCCUGCUCACUGCUAACCGAGUUGCGCUUCGAGCAACAGUAGUUUGUAACCCCACCUCAGUCAAUUGCACCAUGAGCAGAUCAGGCCAGCCUCCAGAUUUGAAGAAGUACAUGGACAAGAAGCUUCAGAUCAAGCUGAAUGCUAACCGGAUGAUUGUUGGUACACUUCGUGGGUUUGAUCAGUUUAUGAAUCUUGUGGUUGACAACACAGUGGAGGUGAAUGGCAAUGAGAAAAUUGAUAUAGGGAUGGUGGUUAUCAGAGGAAACAGUGUUGUCACCGUUGAAGCUCUUGAACCUGUAAGCAGAGCACAGUGACCUCUUUUUCCCACCGCCCGCCCCCCCCAAUUGAUGCUUAGGUAAUUUGCUACUCAAUAUGUAUUGUGGAUAAUGAUUUUAGUAAGAUUCAAACUCUGAUAAACUCAUUAAUGUUAGGGAAUUUCUUCUUCUCA